CCCAGCCCAUUUUUUCAUUCUAAUUUGUACUCCGUAAUAAGAACGGCCCGCCCAAGUGUACAGAAAAGUUCUGCGCAGCAACCAAGUACCCAGCCACGCGACCAGCAACUCAGCAAGCCCACAUCUUCUUCCCAGUUCCGUCGUUCUGCGCUGCAGCAACACCAUUACGCCAACGACGAGCGAGGGGUGACGCCGUUCUGCCCGCCUUUCCGGCCUCCAGAAGACCGCCAAGGCCUCCAGAAGACCGCCGUUCGAAUUUUUUCCCUUUCCCCUGGUAACGACAUUGAAGACUAAGUGAAGCUGCUUUGGGUGACCAGUUCUGUCCACCGCACUCUCGCUUUAGUCUUGCAACCGAGCAGGUUGAUUGACUGUUAAGGAAUGAUGGCGUAACAGAGCAGUGCAGGUUUUUAAGGAGUUUGGAACCUGAUUUUCCGGCAGCCGUGUCUAGGGAAAUCCUAGUUGUUUUUUUCGGUGGUGAACAGUCUGUUCAUUGGAUCCGGAGGUGUUGAUAUUUGUCGUCCCCUAGUGCGGCGGUGUGGUUGCAGCAGCUCGGAAAGUUUUCAGCGGUGGAACGGCAUCGUCCUUUCUGCGGAGGGCUAGUAGACCAGGGCAACAAAUUCGCAGCAAGGCAGAGGCAGUGUUUCAAGCGUAAGCAAGCUAUUGAACGAUUAUGGCAGAGUUGGAGGAGAUGGUCAACAAAUGUGAUAACAUGAUUCUCGGGGGUGAUGGGACGAUCUGAUUCUGGACGAGGAGGUCGUUGGAGACGAAGAGUCUCCGAACAGGAGUUUACGGGCGAAAGAAGACGAAGAGAUGUUGAUCUGUCCCCCUCCCGAACCGCCGCCAUAGAGGAAUUGUGCGACUAGGUUCUUUCUAGAACCAAUGAAAUACCUGUAGCUGAAAAGCGCAAAUAUCUGCAGUUUGAGUAUACUUAUCACGGAGUAUUUGACAAGGAUUCAUCUCUCUCUAGAGAUCGAGAAAGUCAUUGACCGAGCGAAGGCAACAGAAUUGCGGGCUACAAUACUGCCAGUCAUCUGGACUCGUAAAGUCCAUAUUUUUAUUUCGAGAUUGUGUUUUUAUCACCUCAAUGAGUGAAAUCAGUUUAGCCAAAGAAACUCCAGAAUCUGGAGAAAGUGGUUUACCCAACGGAGAAGAAUUUGGAGCUGAAAAUGGAGAAAUUUAUUCCCAGGAAAAUGUUAGGGAAAAUAAACGAAUUAGGGAUUCAAUUGAUAGGAUCAGUGCAUUACCAGAUUGCUUACUUGUUCACAUCAUAUCUUUUUUGGUUGUGAAGACAGCUGCUGCUACGAGUAUUUUGGGGAAAAGAUGGCAGUUUCUUUGGUCUGAAUUGCGGAGCCUUGAAUUCAAAUUUUAUGAUUGGGGUAAGAGUAAGGAAACUAAGAAUACAAUUGAAUUUGUGGCGUGGGUUAAUAGGAUCAUUGCUACUCGUCGUGGAAAUUACCUCGAGAAGAUGAUUGUUGAUUUCAAGUAUGAGGAUUGCUUUGCUCCAGAUGUUGAUAGCUGGUUCGAGUUUGCCUUGAAAAAUAAGGUGAAAGAAAUCACUUUUAGCAGAAGCUACAGCAAAGAUUUCUACAUUCUUCGUGAAUUGAUGUAUUCGAAUUCAUCCUUGACAUCAUUGUCUUUAGAAGGUUGCAUUUUUUAUCCUGAAAGAUCAAUUAAGUGGUCAUCUUUGACUAAAUUAAACAUAUCGGAAGUGAAUUUACCUCAGUCUGUAGUUGAAAAGAUAUUAUCGGGCUGUCCUGUUUUGACUUCCUUGGAUCUGAGUGAGUGUUGGGGAUUCACGGUUUUGGAGAUCAACUCUCGAAAUCUAUGUGAACUGCGGGUAAAGGACCCUGAAAAUAAAGAAAGUGGGGGUCUCCUGCAAAUUUCAGCACCAUACAUAAAAUAUUUAAAUCUUUGGUUUUAUGCUGUAGGAAGACAGAUAAAGUUCAAAGACAUCUCAUCUCUUAUCAGUGCCGAUAUUGAUUUUAGUGAACCCAUUUUAGAUUUGAUAAUCCCCGAGGAUGUGCUGAGUAAUACCAAGGAAAUAUUCGAAAAGAUUCACCAUGUUAAGGAGCUUGAACUGGGUUCUGAACCGCUUAAGGCUCUAGCUGCACUGGUGCUUAAUGGUUGGCAUCUUCCAAAAUAUAAGCUAAGGUGUUUAGAAAUAGAUAUGAUAUGUGAAGCUGGGCAAACAAUUCCUGGCAUUUUUGAAGUGCUGGAAUCUUCUCCCGACAUUGAGACAUUGGUCCUGCAUUGUUAUGACCCCGAUCUGGUAACAUAUAUGCUCUGUAGGUAAUAUUUUAUGAUAAAAUCUGCGUUUACUCCACCUUAUUAAAUACUCCGUAUAUGUUUGCCUUAAAUUUGUUGUGAUUCUAGUUGGACCAUAACUGGACCCCACCUACAAAGGAGAAUUUGGUUUGUGACUUGUUGCAUUUGAAGACGAUCAGAAUGUCUAGGUUGGCAGAUCCAAAACUUGCUGGUGACCCACUGCUUACGUUGGCUCGAAUCCUUCUUAAGAGUACACCAGUGUUGGAAGAGAUGGAGAUUUCUCUUCAUAUUAAAGAUACAAAUGUCUUUGUCAAGAUAGGUCAAACCUUGCUCAACUACUCUAGAUCUUCACCAAAGGCUGUCAUUGAUCUCUAUUAAAUUGUUGGCUUUUAUGUGUUCAUUCUCUCAACUGUGUAAACAUUUACUACAACUUUGUAAUAGGGGUAUUUGUCAGACUUAACACUAAAAUUGGCUGAAUUGGCUGAUUGUGUUGAAAUUUAUGAAGUUCUGGCUAAAGUGAUUGCAUUGGCUGAUUCUCUACAGUAACUUGAGCCAAUACAACCAGAAAAGUAAUUUCAACCUUACUUUUUCUGCAUAUUACACAAGUCAGUGUGCGAAAUUAAAAGUUACGUGUUUGAUGAAAUAGUAUUAGCCG